AUCAUAUAUACAAUCACACAUUACAUAUACAUAAACAUAACAUCCCAUAAAAAUCUUUCAAAAAAAAUUAAGAAAAAAAUGGAGAGUAGAAGAAUAAGCAUGGCAUUAUUUGUGGUAAUUGCAAUAAUGGUGACAAUACUACUAACAAUUACACCUUCAUCUGCACAAGAUGGAAGUGAGAAUUUGGGGUGUUGGACCAACAUUACUAAUUGCAUGGGUACUCAAGAAAUCAUACAAUGUUGUCCGAUCAUUCAACAAGCAAUUGACGACGAAAGAAAUUGCUUUUGUUUGAUGAGAGAAACUGUCGAUCAAAAUGCAACUAUCGCCUCAUCUUUCGCUACCAUCUUUUCCUUUUGUUCCAUUUCUGAUUCUUUUCAGACCUUAUGCCCGUCUGGUUCCGGAUCAAGCUCACCUCCAGCAGAAGAACCUUCGGCCCCAGUGGAAGAACCUUCGGCCCCGGUAGAAGAACCCUCGACCCCAGUGGAAGAGCCCUCGGCCCCAGAAGAAGAACCUUCUGCUGCAGUAGAAGAGCCCUCUUCACCACCAAGUGAUGAAGGAAAUUGUUGGUCAAGGAUCACAAGUUGUACCGAAACAAAUUCAGAAACUGAUAUAUUACAAUGCUGCCCCGUCGUCAGAAAGGAAAUAGCAGAUGAAAAAGAGUGCUUUUGUUCUGCUACAGAUGAGGUUAAUGCUCAAGAUCAGGCUGAUAUCGACGCCUUCUCACAGUUUUUGACACUUUGCAAAAUCCCCGGCACUUUUGACACAUUAUGCCCUGCCGGUGCGAAUAACAGUACCGGCAGAGGGCGGAGCAGAAGCAGGAGCACAAGUAUAAGUGGUAGUAACAAGAAAGUUGCAUAUUCAGUUGGAUUACUUCUUAGUUCAUUACUCUUGAUAAAUUUUUUGGGAUGAAUGUCUUAUUAGGAUAUCUAUGAAUUCAUGCAUAUUGCAUGAUUUGUGUAAUUUCAUGAAUUUUAAUUUGUGUAUCGAAUGUUGUUUAAUUUUUAAUAACACUUCCAAUUUGUUGUGAACAAA